AUGCUUUUUGACCCCGAGACCGCGAAUCACUUGAAACCAUGGCUCGUCAGGACACUUGAGCCAAUAUGCGACGCUGAGCCCGGUGCGCUCGCGGAUUACAUUCUUGCCCUCUUGAAGCACAACGCACCAGAGGCGGAGCUACGGAAAGAGCUGUCUGCACAGCUGGAGGAAUUCCUUGAAAAAGGCGUCUCAUUCGUCGAUACGCUCUUCACCGCCCUACGGACAAAGUCGUACCUCCCCUACUCUGCCACUCCCUCUACCAGCACCUACCCCUCCGCCAGCACCUCUGCCGACGUCGGCAUCCCAAUUCCCUUAGACGGCCUCUUGAACCCUGCACCGGUGUCACCCGAGCGAGGGCGCAAGCGCGGCAUCGACAGUGAAGACUACGACACGCACGGACCAUCAAAAGGCCCCCGGCUGAACAACGACAGCCAGUUCUCGCGCUACGGGCGUAACGACAGGUCAUCAUGGGGUGGCCGGGGGGAUCGUGCGGAUCGUGGAGGGAGGAUGGACGUGAGUGGACGACCCGAUUUCAUGGACGGAGGUAUGGCAGGAAUGGAUAUGGGAAUGGGUGGUAUGAAUGGUAUGAACGGACGGGGGCAGAACUACCGGCCACCAGAACGGCGUGGCAUAUGCCGGGAUUAUCACAACAACGGCUAUUGCGCACGCGGCCAGUUCUGCAAGUACAGCCAUGGCGACGACGCCGUUAUCCCACAACAACUCUUCCCCAUGGCUGGCGGCGCAUUGCCGUUCAUGUCGAUGAUGGGGGCCGGGGGCAUGCCCUUCCCAAUGAACGCUGCCGCAGCCGGCGGCGCCUACGACCCUCACGAGCGUAUGGACAUGCGACCUGCGGCGGCGGGUCCCUUGAACGGUCGGCCACCAGUAAUACCUAGGACAGACGAUGGUGGGGGGCCGAUGCACCGGAAACCUGCCGAGCCCUCCGUCGUUCAAGAUCUUACCCCCCAAGUACCCAUCACUGACGUCUCGCCACACAAUACCGGCGAGGGCUUCCGGCCUCAACAGAGGGCGCCCAUGGAGGGGGUAGUUCCCACAUACGACGCCCCGCCACACAUGCCUCCGAUGGACGGCGGAAUGGGCUCAAGACCGUUCCCCAUGAACGGUGGCAGAGGUGGGCAGCCUCACAGGGGACGGGGUCGCGGUGGCGUCUUCAGCGGCGACGCACACAGCUUCCGGCCGGAAAAGCGGAAUGACAAGACGCUUGUGGUGGAGAAGAUCCCCGAGGACAAGCUCGCGCUUGGCGCAGUAAACGAUUGGUUUAGCAAGUUCGGUACGGUCACGAACGUCGCAGUCGACGCGCCGAGCGCAAAAGCCCUCGUCAGCUUCUCCGCACACGACGAAGCCUACAAGGCCUGGAAGUCAGAAGAGGCGGUCUUUGGUAACCGGUUCGUCAAGGUCUUCUGGCAUAGGCCGAUGGAGGGUCACGGACAGGCUGGUCAGCGAAUGCUUGCUGCAUCAGCACCGUUUGUCUCUAAGCAGGCGGCCCCCACUCCUUCUACCUCCGCUCCCGAAGGCUCCCCUGCACCUCCGACACCCUCUACCUCCACACCGGCUUCUCGCAAGCCUUCUGUCGCAUCUACGUCUUCUGCCCUUGCCGCGAAGCAGAAGCUCCUCGAGCAGCAGAUCGCGGAGCAGAAGUCGCUCAUGGCCCUACUGUCUACUGCGUCUGCUCAAGAGAAGAAGGACAUCAUGGCCCGGUUGCGGAAGCUCAACGAGGAGAUGAAACCGUCCGCCACGCCAACAGCCGCGUCUCAGACGCCGCCGCCGGCUGCAUCCUCCCCCGCGCCGGCCAAGCGGGCCGGUUCCACCCCCCAGACGGACGACCAUGAACGCAAGGAGCGGGAGCGGUUGGACAAGGAGCUCGAACUGCAUCAUGCGACCACCCCUGGUGAUGCGGAGGAGGAGAGCACCGAGGAGCUGAAGGCAAAGCUCGAGAAGCUCAAGGCGGAGGCUGCCAGUCUGGGUAUCACCGAGGCUGCCGAACCACCGGCGUACCAAGGCUCAGGGUAUCGCCCUUACCGUGGCCGCGGGCGUGCUCGUAGCUUCUUCCGGGGCGCUGCUAUGCGUGGUGGGCCGCCUCGGAGCAUGAAGCUCGACCUCCGGCCUAAGAAGCUUUUGGUAAAGGGUGCCUCCACGGAGUCCUUGCAGGCCGUGCGCGACUGGUAUGAGACGACGGGCCAGGUAGAGUCGGUCGACACUACGGACGGCGGCGACAUCGUCGUCUCUUUCUACAGCCGUGGUGCAGCCGAACAGGGUUUUGCCAAAGGGUCGCAUAUCGCGACCGUCGGGCCCGUACAAAUCGCCUGGCACUCAGGCCAGCCGACGAAUUCCGGCACCCCGGCAGCGAAGUCUCCCGCGCUGGCCUCGCAGCCCAGCGCGCCUAAGGAGGAGGACUCCGCGAUGGACGGCAGCGUGCCCGCGCCCGUCGAGGACGCGCCCGCGGACGACCCGCACAUGCACGAGGAGACCGACGCCGGCGGCUGGGGCGCGGACGACGACGGGUUCGGCAUGAUGUGA